AUGUAUGUCUCACUACCUCAUCACAUUAUCACUACCCAGCCAUCAAAGUUACUUGGUCGAUUGAAAUUCUCACUACCACACACAUCAAGUUACUACCUAUAUUCCAUCCCCUACCCUUAUCAAAUGUUUACUACCUCAUUCGAACCUCACAUCCUCAACUCUCACAUUCAAAAGAAGAUCACACCAACUACCCAGCCUCAAUCUAGCAAUAUUCAAUCUCGCGAUCUUGAUUCAAUCCCACAAACAACCUCACAAACAAAAUACUUUACCAAUAACUUCCUUCAGGUCAACUCGGCUCACAUGGACACGAAUCACAAGCUUGAACAUGUCUUGAAAGUACCCAAUGUGAUCGAAAUAUGCAACCUCGAUCAACGAACCAUGGAUGCAUAUGUUGAUGCCUUUCAAGCGCCGCAGCAUGGCUAUCGUAUCAGAAUCGGAAACUGGCACGCCGGCAGCCAUCUGUGCCACUACGAGUGCUACCGAUCAGGCUUUCCACCUGGAGGACCAAACAAGAUUGCAUUGACUAAAUCUCUACGUAUUGGCUGCCCAUUUCGCAUGGACGCUCGAUUUUUGCCCAAAACACUGUCUUGGCUCCUCAUUCACACCCACAUCGCUCAUAACCAUCCAGCCGAUCCAAAUGUCAAAUCUUGUAAGAAAAGCCCUGCAAAGGAUCCAAUUCUUCCCCACCCUUACCACCUUACACCCAAUACCAGUACAAACGAUGACAAACAACAAACAACUCCAGUCGAACCACAACAGCCAAACCGCAGUGGAGCCUUGCUCGACUCCACCUUUUUGACACAGCCUGCAUGUGUAAACUCAAUUGACUCCACCAUCUUGACACUACCUGCACAAUUACAGGCCUUGACUCCACGCCGACAACUCAAAGCUGUCCAGAGCAUUGAAGUUAUUCUUGCUCAGCAAGAAGCCUCGGUCUCCAUCCCCAUAUAUCACCAGCAGGCCAACCUCCACCUUUCACUUAAUCACGACUGCACUUCCAACUCGCCAAAAACAUUCACACCAGGCGAUACUCAUUUUCAGCCCAAAAGCUUGCUACUGAACAGCGAGUUCCAACCACCCCAAUCGCCAACAACCCGCGCUGAAACUCCAUUAGACAACCUAGUACUCGAUAGCCUUAUCGACGAUUUUUAUGGCCAGUCUGAGCAAACAGCAUCCACCUUUAACUUCGAAGACCUCAUUUGUCAACCCAUGAUUGAAGCACAGCAGCCUGAAUCCAAAGCUGAUAUUUCACCGCUGAUAUUCCACCCAGCCAAUACUGAAACGAAGCAGACUCCCAGCGAUAUUGAGCCACUUGCGUCUUCUCACAUCCCCAAGAUUGAAGAGCCGUCUCAGCCACAACUUACCACCUGCGAUCAAACCUCACAAACAUCACCAACAGCACCGAUCCCCAUAAUGACUUGCAGACGAGCACGUGAACUGAGUAUAGGCCAAAAGACACACAAAAAUACUGAAUUACCAACUCUUUUGAAGCGUUAUCAGAUCCACAAGUGGCUUAUUCCUUUUGUGCUCAACCUUCACGAAGUCAAAGCCGAUGGUCACUGUGGAUUUCGAGCCAUAGCCCUCUCCAUUGGUCGAUCUCAAGACGAUUGGCUUUACGUGCGGCAGGCCUUGGCAACCACUCUCAAAAAGACUCCCGAACUGUUUGCUGACCGUUCACUACAUGAUACGCAUAGUGUAGCUUUAACUCGACUCCGCACCCGCGAACACAAUGUUCUUACGCAGGAAAAACACUGGCUGAGUAUGCCGGGUUGGGGCGGUGUAAUAGCUACUGCCUUUGAUCGGCCUGUAUUAUACUACGAGCCUGGGUCCUUCAGUCAAACUACAUUUCCCUACCUCACCCCCUUCAACAAUAAUCGGCCUAUCGUCUUGGCUUGGGCCAAUCGUCACUUUGCCUGCCUUACACUCGAUUGGAAUAACCCAGAUCUCCCUGUUCCUCGGGUUUGUUCCAGUUGGAUGCGAUUUUGGACUCCUGAAGCCUCUGGUUGGCUAGAUGCCUGGGACUCUAGGAUCAAGAACCACGAAGACUUUCUUAAAGCACAAAAACCACGCCACAAUAAAAAGAAAAAGUUUCAUAAACCAAUCACACUAUCAUCAGAUUAA